AUGGAAGGGGACCCAAGUGAAUCACAGCGAUGGUUAGGAAGUAUAAAACUUGUGGGCUGUAGCGUGUGUUUUGCUUGCUGGUGUAGCCUACUGUGGAUCUUUUUGGCGGGCUGGAAAUUCGACCACUGGAACUGUAACUACUGGAACUGUGACCACUGGAAGUGCGAGAUCUGGAAGUGCGAGAUCUGGACGAUACCAAUAAUGGAUGUGCCGCAGGAUACAAUUGCGAGGGUGUUGCAGGUGGCUGCUUUCAAGGACAAGAAGACGAGGAUCGAGUCGGAUGUAGUCGAUGCAUUGCAACGGUACAUUGAUGUGUUUGCGCGCGAGGCGGUUUUGAGAUCUAUAGAGCACCAUGACGCGAGCCAAGAAGGACUAGAACAAGAGCAAGACAAAGAGAUCACUCAUACGGAUCUGGAGAAUAUCGCAGGUCUACUGCUGUUGGAUAUGUGA